AUGAUGGAAGUCUUCAUUCUGCAUUCUGCUGUUGAAUUUAGCAUGAAGUCCAACUCAACAACCGUAGCGUUAUCAGAGACCAUUCAAGGAAAAUCGGUUGUGACUUCUCCUAAAAAGUCUGCUUCAAUGAGAAUUGAUGAGAGAAUUUCUACAGGUUGCAUCUGUGAGAAAGAAUGUGAAGAUGAGCUUUCGGUUAUUGAUCAGGCUUUAGAUGAAGACUUCAUAAUCCCAUUAUUCGACAAUGUUGAAGAUGAUGAAGCACCCGCGGAAGAAGAACCUUUGAAUGAGGAACAGGAGGAGGAAGAAAAUGUAGAUGAAGCUGUGGAUGAACAGGCAAAUGAUAGUCAAGCUGAGUUUAAAUAUUCCACACAUGAUCCAAACGUGAAAUGGAAUAGAAAUGAAACCUCAAGAGGGAGAAAGAUUAGGUUUAAAAAAUGUGAUAGUGUUAGACUACAUUGUGUGUGUGCUAGUGAUUCUGAAGAGAUAGUGGAUGUAGAAUAUAAAUCUGAAGAGAUGGUGGAUGUAGAAUAUAAAUUUGAAAGAGGUGAAACCUCAAAUACAGUACCACCCCAAAAAAGGGUCAAUGAAAAAUAUAAAUCUGAAGAGAUGGUGGAUGUAGAUGUGGUGAGUGAUGGAGAUGGGUUGGAUAUGAUAGAUAUGGACUACAUUAUAGAACAAAUUACAGAGUUGAGGAAAUCAGGUUACACUGAUGUAGAAAUUAUGAGAUGCCUUGGAAUUACAAAAGCUCAUUUAGAAGAGUUUGGAUAUGUGGCUGCCAAUGUUGAAGGUGGACUGGAAGGAGAUGUACAAGGUAAUGAAGAACAAGAAGGACAUGGACAAGGAGAUGGAGUGGAAGGAGAUGGAGAUGGAGUGGAAGGAGGUGGAGAUGGACAAGGUAAUGAAGAAGAAGGAGAUGGAGAGGGGAAUGAAGAAGAUGGAGAAGGAGAUGGAGAAGAAGAAGAUGGAGAAGUAGAUGGAGAAGAAGAAGAUGGAGAAGGAGAUGGAGAAGAGGAUGAAGUGGAAGGAGUUGAAGUUGAAGUUGUUCAAGGAAAUGAAGAAGGUGGAGGAGUUGAAGUGGAAGCUGAAGAUGUUCAAGGAAAUGAAGAAGGUGUUCCACUAAAUGAUCCAAUACAGCAAGGGCAUUUUGGGAAUAAUAUGCAACAAAGAACAAGGAGGCCCUCAGAGAGGAUAAUUCUUCAGAAGCUAAAAAAGAAGGUGGUUGACCCUCUUGGUAUAUGA